AUGGCUGCCGGGGCGGCGCGACGGGCCCGGCGCCGGGUUCGGGGCGCGCAGCCGGCCGGGGAGCGGGCUCGCUCGGCCGAGGACUGGUGGUGGGACCAGCUGGCGCCGAGCGGCUCCGGGUACCACCUGCUGCAGUCGGACAGCAUGCUGCUGGUGCUGCCGGGCCCGGGGCCUGCCCGUCCCCGCGUGCACCGGCGCGCCGCCCGCCGCGCUCAGCGGCAGCCGGCCCCCGCGCCCCGCGCCCCGGGCGCCAAGGCCAGACCUAGAAUGGCGCCCGCCCCGGAGCCGCCGCCGGGGCCCGACCCGGGCUGGGGCGACCGCAUCCCCCUGGAAAUUCUCCUGCAGAUCUUCGGGCUGCUGGUGGCGGCCGAUGGGCCCGUGCCCUUCCUCGGCAGGGCUGCUCGCGUGUGCCGCCGCUGGCACCAGGCGGCCUCCCAGCCUGCGCUCUGGCACACCGUGACCCUGUCACCGUCGCCGGCUGGCCGCCUCGCCAAGAGUGAAGCCAAGGCCGAGAAGAAGCUUCUCGCCUCCCUGGAGUGGCUUAUGCCCAAUCGGUUCUCGCAGCUCCAGAGGCUGACCCUCAUCCACUGGAAGUCCCAGGUACACCCCGUGUUGAAGCUGGUUAGCGAGUCCUGUCCUCGGCUCACCUUCCUCAAGCUUUCCGAUUGCCAUGGUGUAACCUCUGACACUCUGAUUAUGCUAGCCAAAGCCUGCCCUCAGCUCCACAGCCUGGACAUACAGCACUCCAUGGUGGAGUCCACAGCCGUGGUGAGCUUCUUGGAGGAGGCAGGGCCCCGAAUGCGCAAGUUGUGGCUGACCUACAGCUCCCAGACAACAGCCAUCCUGGGUGCGCUUCUGGGCAGCUGUUGCCCCCAGCUCCAGGUCCUGGAGGUGAGCACCGGCAUCAACCGCAGCAGCACUCCUCUCCAGCUGCCUGUUGAGGGGCUGCAGAAGGGCUGCCCCCAGCUGCAGGUGCUGCGGCUCCUAAACCUGAUGUGGCUGCCCAAGCCUUCCGGGCGAGUGGUGACUCCUGGCCCAGGCUUCCCCAGCCUUGAGGAGCUCUGCCUCGCCGGUUCCACCUGCAACUUUGUAAGCAACGAGGCCCUGGGCCGCCUGCUCCACGGCUCCCCUAACCUGCGCCUGCUGGAUCUUCGUGGCUGUGCCCGCAUCACACCUGCCGGCCUGCACGAUCUGCCGUGUCAGGAGCUAGAACAGCUUCACUUGGGUCUUUAUGGCACGUCAGAUCGCUUGACUCUAGCCAAAGAGGGCAGCCACCUGUUGACUCAGAAGUGGUGCCACACUCUGCGGGAACUGGACUUGAGUGGCCAGGGCUUCAGUGAGAAAGACCUGGAGCAGGCCUUGGCUGCCUUCUCAGCCACCCGUGGGGGCUCACACCCAGCCCUAUGCUCUGUCAACCUCAGGGGCACUCGGGUCACACCAAGCACAGUCAGCUCUGUCAUCAGCAGCUGCCCAGGCCUGCUCUAUCUCAACCUGGAGUCCUGCCGCUGCCUUCCUCGGGGCCUGAAGCGGGCCUACCGAGGCCAGGAGGAAGUCCAGUGGUGCCUGGAGCAGCUGCUCACCAGCCUCCCCUCCUCCAGCUAGGCAGCUCCAGACCCCCAGCCCUCAGGUAGUCAGCGGUGCCUGCCACCCUUUCCACAUUUUGGAUGUUUAAGCAUUUUUUAAACAAUAAAACAUUUUUAGGAA